AUGGUUGCAUCUUUGUUUGGUGCAAGCACUCUACCUGUGCUUCACUUCCAUGCACCACCCCAAGCGAUAUUCUCCGAUCACAUUCCGCUCAAUUUUGCUGUAACAUUUUCCGUUAGCCAACCUAUUACAGUUACUGUUCGUCUUUUAACAGCCGAUUAUCGACCCCAUCAUCUGCUCACUACAUCUCAUCAAUCUGUCCUUCAUAUUUCUGAAUCUACAACGCACAGAUUUGAUGAUUUAUACGUAAAGAAACCUACAGAGAUCAGUGAAGAAAAUUUAGUACAAACCGUAGAAAAAGACCACUGGCAUCUUUCCGAUGAUCAAAUAGCUCAUGAAAGGUGCGCAGAGGAAGAAGUAAUUCGAAUUAUGGUUGAAGCAGCGACUGCAUCCGCAUCUUCUGUAAUCGUAUCGGAUAUUAUCCGUCGGGAUAACACUCCUCUUGAAAUCGUCGAUGUAAGUCAGAAUAUUGUUGGAAACACCAAAGAAAAAGUAUGGUUGUUGUUAAACAAAUCAGUAGUUGAUAUUAACAUAUCUGUUGAUAUAGGCAAUCGGAUGCUACCCGCAGAACAAUUGGCUAUACACGAUAAGCUAGUUAUAUUUUCGUUACCAAUGCUUGUUGUUUCGGAGAAAGCAGAUGAUGCAUCAUCAUCUACUAAUCAUUAUAAAAUAUUCUUAAGACAUGGGAUGCAGCAAUUGGAGCUUCCGGUGCAGCUGCAAAUAAGGGAUACAGCACUGAAAUCAUCGAAUACAUUAGAAACCGCAAAUAAAGAAGCUCAUGUUGCAUCGCUGUUCGAAUUUGCUGCUGGCGGAGAACCAAAAGCUUUGGUAAAACUGUUGGUACCUCUUCUCGGUAUAACAGACCACGACGGCUGCAAUGCGUUACACGUUGCGGCACGUAAUAAGCAGAAUUUCGCCUUGAAAACGUUGCUUUCGGUACUCAGCGAGUAUAGUAAUGAUAAUGAACGUCAAAGUAUUCUUGAUGCAACGAAUGCUCGAGGGCAGACAGCUCUGCACUGUGCAGUACGAGCCGGUGAUCCUGACUGUGUUCAUUAUUUAAUCGGUGCUGGAGCAAAGAAAUAUAUUAUGGAUAACAAUUCGGAUACGGUUGCUCAUUACUUGGGAGAGGUUUACAACGAUGCAAUUUAUAAAGAGAUUUUGGAGACAAAACACAGUGGUGAGAUAGAAAGCGAAAAUGGCGUGACCGAAAGAAGCAUUUUAUCUAUAAAAAAUUGUCAUGGAUAUACACCAACUCAUGUCGCUGUUAAGAAGUUGAAAUUAGGUUUGUUAGAAGCAUUGAUAGAAGCUGGUGCUCCUUUGGAUAUUCAAGACAAUGAUGGUGACACACCACUAUUAACGGCUCUCAAUAUGGAUGACGUCGAUGCGGCUUCCUUACUCCUUCAGCAUAAUUGUGGUAUUAAUACGGCAUCGAAGAAUGGUGACACACCACUUAAAAUCGCAUGUAAGAAGAAAAAUUUAGUAAUGAUAGGGCGUCUUCUAGAUGCUGGAUGCACCAUGAAUUCUCUAGGAGCAGAUGAUGAACGACCAGAAGAAGCAUUUGAUGAAGAGGUUCAACGAAUUUUAAAUGGUGAACGUGUAGACACCUAUGUACGAGACAAUACUGACACUUAUGUCGGAGAUAACACUGAUGAAGACGAGCAAGAAUUACGAGAACUACAGAGUGAAGAGUCAGAAAGUACAGCUACAAGUAUCGAUGUUGCAAGUAACUAUCAACUUCAGACCCUAAAAGAUGAUGUUUCUUGCUUGGAUUACCUCACGAGGUUGCGACUAUCAAAAAUAUUGGAUGUAGAAGAUAAAUGGACUAUACUGGCAGAUCAUCUUGGUUGUGGGCACAUGGUGGAAUUCAUACGUGUAUGUCUAGACGAAUCUUCUUCGCCCACUAUGAUGCUUCUUGAUCAAUACGAACAAGUUCCGAAUGCACACUUGUCGACGGUAGCACAAUCCCUGGAAGAUAUGGGUGAAUUACUUGGCGUGCGGUUGAUUCAAACUGGAAGUGAGCACUAUGGGUGA